AUGUUGCCUCAGAUUUAAUUAAAAAGUUUUUAUUUGAUUUUCGAUUAGUAAAAAAUUCUUGUUAUAUUUAAAAAAUAUAUUAAUAAUAUAAACAAAAUGGGUUAAGAUUAGAGUAAAAAUGAAGGAAAGUAAUAGAAAAUAGAUGAAAAGAAUUAAUUAUAGAAUGAUAAUUAAUUAAAUAUAUAAAAGCUAAAUGACUAGCUAUAACCGCCUUUUAAUAGAUAAUAGUUAAUUAUUAAUGCCUACAAACCUUUGUCAGAUGACAUUUCAAAAUAUUUAAUUUUAGAUAAAAUAACCAUUUACUUUAGAGAAGAGGAAGAAAAUUUAAGAUUAAAUGCAAAAAAGUUUGGAAUCAUUCCAACAAGUUUGAAGACAUUAUUCCUUUAUCUCGAAAACAUAAAUUAGCAAAGCCAGCAGUUUAAAUACUUAUGUGAGCAAAUAAAAUAUCUUCCAAAAGGGAUAUAAACUAUGAGAUUAGAUUUGAGUUGUUAGUUUACAAAAGUAGAAAUCAAGCUCUCUUAGAAUUUGUAAUAGCUUAUAAAAAAUCUGCCAAAAACACUUUCAAAUUUAUAUUUGAAUUUAACUAAAGUUAAUUGCAGCGACUAAAGUCUUUCUAAAAACUUGCUAGAAUCACUACAAUUUCUACCAAAAAAUAUAAACCUUUUAUAGUUUAUAGCUAUAGAUUGCCAGAUAAAUGAAGACCUAUUAAUGAAAUUUUGUUCUAAUUUGAGAGAGCAUUUUGGAGAAUUGUAUAACUUAUAGGAAUUAAACUUGUUUUUUAACAAUAAUACAAUAAGAAAAGCUUCUAAUAAAUAAGUACUUGCAGAAUGCUUGAAAUAAAUUCCUGAUCAAGUUUUAUCUCUUCAGCUUUAAUUUUAGGUUAAUGAUAUUUCUUUUGAAGAAGCACUUUAAAUAAUGGAGUCAUUAAAAUUUAUUAAUCCUAAUCUCUUUCAUUUUAAGUUUGAAAUCUACCCAUUAUACAAUCAAAAUAAAAACAUUACUUAGCAUCAAAAGCUUAGUUAGGAGGAUUUAAAUUUAAGAGAAGGAGCUAUUUAAUUGUUAAUUAAAUUUAUAGAAAAAUGCAAUCUAAAUAAUCUACAAAAUGGUUAUUUUUAAAUGAGAGAUAUUAAUAUUUACUUAAAUGAAGGUUCAAUAGAGUGGUUUUGGAAAGGACUUGGUUUAAGUUGCGAUCUUUUAUUUUAAAAUAAUCCUCACUUUUUAGAUCUGUUUAUUAAUAGUAGAUUUAGAUUUUCAUAGAUAUAAGGAGAAGUUUUAUAAAAUAUUUAAAAAAAGAAAAAAGAAAUUCUAAUGCAUGCUAUUAGUUACAAUAAAAUCAUUUCAGCUCCUCUUUAGAAAGCUAAUCCAGGAGCUUAGAUAAAGCUAAAUUUUUGGGAUUUAUAUAUGUGA